UGAAACCGACAGUUAUGAAAAUCAGGAUUAAGAAAUAGUCAUCCUUCCUUCUGGAAGAAGAAUAACGGCACAAAAAAAGGAUGGCGUCGAAAAAAACGAGACAAAACAACCAUUCCAUACAACGACUCCUCGAACUUCCAUCCAGCAGAGAAGCCAGAGUGACACUUUUUGCCCCUUCAACUGCUCAACUUACGACAGUACCUGGUCCCCGGCAGGUUCCGGUGACAGUUUUGCACCCUACGCCUAAAAAGCUGUACCUGAGCAAAACGCGUCAUAGUAGUCAUUCAGAGGGACUGGAGUCAACUUUGGCAAAAGUUGUUGAUCUCAACGCACGCAGACAAGAGUCGUCUCACAUAAGGCGGGACUGUCCCCGCCAGACAAUGAACAAGGUGGAUGAUCGAGGCAGAUCAUCCGGAGCUUCACGACUUCCAAUAUCUGCCGUAAUCUCUGCUUCGCCUUCAAGUCCUGACGAACCUGUAACACUGGUGGAACUCACCAGCGUACCGGGUGGUCAGAAUGCAAUGGCUCAUCUUAAAAAGCGAAAGCUGGAAGCCGAGUCGGCGACUGGGAAGACGAAGCUGCAGCAACUUUCGACAGUAAAUAACAAGAAGGGACAACUCGGUAUACAGUCGGGCAUUCCACAAGAGAUGGAUACGACCGAUGCGGCUGCAAAACGAAGAAGAAAAAGUGUUCGAGACGAUGAUUUGCGAAAAGGAAUUGACAGCGAAUCUACUAAGAAUAUACCCCUGCCUCAAAAGAAAAGAGUAUUUACGUCAGGAAAUUCGGGUAGUCCUGCCAGAAAGUCGAGCAAAAACUGCGAGGAGACGGAAGACGACGAGACGCUGAUAAGAGAAACGGAAGCGGCGUUGAAAAGCCUCUCCGGAAGUUGGCCUGGUCCCAGGGGCUCUUUGUAUCAGAGAGGAAACUCGGACGAGGAUAGGUACGAGUCCAAUUUUGAGAAUCUGUUCGAGGAGAAGGACAAUCCAAAACUCUCACCCUCGUCUAUUUCCACCUCUUCCACGACAAGCAGCGAGACCGGUUGUUCUCUGAAGGACGUUAUAUCGUUGCGAGGUCAGGAUAGAAGUGGAAGAGCCCUACAACAAAUAAAGCAAUUCGAGCCAACGAAACAGUAUCCAAUAAAAUACAAAAAAGAUCACGACAAUCCGAUAAAAUUAGAAAACAACUCCGCAAUUCAUUGUGGACAAAAUCAGAACGAAGGGUUCAAAAGAUCAGCGAACGGUAGAACUGGCAAGAGUGACAGAGGAAACGAGAAGUACUCGAGGUACGAACCCCCAGACUUUAACGAAUUAGUUGACGACUCCUCUAACGAAUUAGAAAUCGACAUGUCCGAUCCAGCGGCGGAUAAGGAGGAAAUCGACAGGGAUAAAUCUGCUGAAAAAGAGGAUCGAAUCUCCAGAAAUGGCCCUUCUCCAAUUUUAAGACAGCAUAAUCACCAGCAAAUCUACAGCAACUAUCAGAGACAGUACAGCGACGGAAGCAUCAAAGUAGCUUCUUCAGUGGAAUCAACACCCUCCCCAUCACCUACUAUCGGUUCUCCUUUUUCAGCAACCUCGGCUUUUAGACCUCCGAACACUGACCACUCGAAAUCCAAUUGCCGAGGAACUGCGACUAUAGGAACAACCACAACAACCAUUCCGCCCAUGGGACCAUACCCAGCCUCUGCAACUUUUGUCGGCUAUCCAACACCUGGACCAGCAAUGACAACACUGCAACCAGUAACGACCAUUUCUCCAUCGUCUGAAGAGAAACACCCGUCGACCGUAUCUCUUUUGCAGUUGAAAUCUCCAAAAGAGGAAGUACAUCCCAUUCAGCGUGAAGUUUCGACGAAUCCCAUGGUACCCAAUAAAAAUACAACUGCCGGAUUGCCACCAGUCGGUAGCCCCGAUCCUAACUCAAAACAAUAUACUAUUCUUCAGCCUGCUGGAGUAGGUUCAAGAGCAGCAAGCGCAAUUCAGGAUAUCGCUAGAGAAGGAGUGGUCAGCGUUUCCGCAGUCAGCAGUAGUAGCACCGGAAGCAAUAGCAGUACGGGUAGUACCAGUACCAGCAGUAAUACUUCCGGCAAUAACAAGAAUGCAAGCAACAGUUCGACUAGUAAUGCAUCUAACGGAAGCGGUUCGGCUGACAAUACAACCAGUGGAAACAGCAAUAACGACGUUAAUAGUAAUAGUAUCACAAUCACAACUAUUACGACAACUAGUACUACUACUAGUCCGACUUCUGCUGGAGGUGUUCCUACGACGGCAGGAAAUUCUGCACAAGAAGCUGUGAUGAAGGUUUCUGAAAGACCCACAACUUAUGAAACCAACAGGCCUGUAAUGUCCAUGUCACCAUCGAGUCUUGGCAGAGAGGGCAACAAGUGCCCGACCCCUGGUUGUACGGGGCAGGGUCACGUGACCGGACUCUAUUCGCACCACCGCAGCCUUUCCGGUUGUCCACGCAAAGAUAAGCUGACCCCAGAGAUUCUGGCGAUGCAUGAGACUAUUUUGAAAUGCCCAACGCCUGGUUGCAACGGCCGCGGUCAUGUCAGCUCCAAUCGGAACACUCACAGGAGCUUAUCCGGAUGCCCCAUCGCUGCGGCCAAUAAGCAGGCCGUCCGUGAGGCACGACACAAGGCUCAAGUGUCAGGAAUACCUCCAGAAUAUAUCAGUACGAAUCUCUUGCCUUCUACAAUGGAUGGGAAACUUUACACCCAAUACGGAUCUUCAACACAGGAAGCCAAACCGGUCGUGAGUUCACCAUCCUACGACUACUACUCAUCAACGAAGUCCGUAGGAAUCAGUAUAAAACCCCCGAAAACCCCAGAAGACACUUCGAUCAGGAUUAGCAAAGUGAUACCCAAAACAGAAAACAGUUCGAGCAGUACGAGUUGCUGCAACGCCUUACCGGGAAGAACGCAGUCUUCAGACUUAUUGAUACCAAAAACAGAGGACGCUUCUUCUUGCAGAGUGAAUUCACCACCACCACCUCCUCCACCUUCGUUAAGGCAAAGCUACGAUUCUUAUUUGAAUCAGGAUUCAAAUUCUUCCUCGAUGUCCUCGAUGGACGCCAUGGGCUCAAGGUCGUCAAUGGGAGCAACAAUCCAUCACCCUAGUCAGCAUCCGGCACAUCACGUGUUGCCAAUGCAACCAACAGUAUCCUACCCAAUGCCCAUGGUGGAAGACACUAGGAUGCCUCAUCAGAUGUCCCAGAGGUCUCCUUAUGAAUCAUCAGCCAUGAUGGCUGCAGCAGCAGCUGCUGCAGCAGCCGCAUCUGCAGACGAUCUCUACCAUCAUAGAUCUGCUGAACAUGCCAGAGCUUACAUGCAUCCAUCUGCUGGUAAUAUUGCCAGGCCUGUGGUCACCUAUUCGAAUGAAAUUACCUCAGCCAGAGGCUAUGAAAAUGUAGUCGUGAGUGCUGCUAACCACCGACCCUACGAUCCUGGCACUGCUUCAGUUUACGAUAGGUAUGAGACUCAAACCUGCGCCCCUCUUCAACCACAACAGCAACAACAACUGCAUUCAAGGACUAAUAUGUACUAUCUGGGGCAGUCUGGAAUGACAUCUGAGGAACAAGAACGAGUUUAUCAGCAGGAGGCCGUCGCUGCUCAGCAGCAUCAGAUGGCCAUGGCAGCUGCAACUGCUGCUGAAAUGAUGAAAUCAGAAGAUGUCAAAUGUGUGACCGUUGCUCAAGUACAACAGAUGCAGAAGCCAGGAGGUCCUCCAACUUCACCAGGUGGAUCAGUGAUGGACCUCUCGACUUCUAGCGUUACAUCUACUAGUCCACAGGCCCCACCAUAUGGAUCAAAUAGCCUUAGUCCGCAGUAUGGAGGUGGUCAAACAGUUGGAGGAAGUCCGCAGGCAGCAGCUAGUCCUCACCUCACAGCUAGUCCUCAAGUACCAAGUCCUCAAGGGCAAACCCUUGACCUCAGUGUCAACAGAUUGCAUAGUGGGGCGCCAAGUCCUCAGUAUUCAACCGCUCAUGGAGAAGCUGUAGCAGUUUCUGUCGGGCCUAGUUUUCCACCACCUAGACCAAUUGAGGAACAAACUGAACCAGUUGACUUCUCCACAGCAAAUGAGCCAGUUAACUUCAGUGGGGGUCCUGGAAUCAGGCCGGUUCCAGGGUUUCCACCACCCGGCGUGCAUGCAGCCUAUAGUCGAGAAAGUACACCUGACAGUGGGGGUUCGCAUUAUAUGGAUGCUUACAGAGAUCCUACUGGGUAUGGUCCCAUGAGUCCACAUCCCGGAUAUGGAAUGACCGGAGUGCAGGCCGAGUAUCCUGGGAAUACCUACACCCCAUAUCCAACCGCUGGUUACAAUUGUGGAGGAACUUAUCCAGGAGGACCUGUGACUUCCAGUUAUCAAAUUCCAGCAGGAUAUUCUCCUGCUCCCUGCUAUAGUAUGCCGCCCCCUCAGCAUACACUUGGACCCCUGGACAAGCCAUCGGGCAAGGAUGACAACCUCUCUGGUUGUCCACGAGCGGAUAGAUCUCAGAUACAGGCACAUUCACAAGAACUUAAAUGUCCAACACCUGGUUGUGAUGGUUCGGGACACGUAACCGGAAAUUAUUCGUCCCACAGAAGUCUUUCGGGAUGUCCAAGGGCGAACAAACCGAAGAGCAAGCCUCGCGAUGGUCAAGAUUCCGAACCAUUGAGAUGUCCUAUCCCAGGCUGUGAUGGUUCUGGCCACGCUACUGGCAAAUUUUUGUCACAUCGCAGUGCUUCGGGUUGUCCUAUCGCGAAUCGCAACAAGAUGAGAGUUCUAGAAUCUGGAGGAAGUGUGGAACAACAUAAAGCAGUAGUAGCAGCAGCGACAGCGAUGAAAUUUGAAGGGGUGAAUUGUCCCACUCCAGGUUGUGACGGAAUUGGGCACAUAAACGGCUCGUUUUCGACGCACAGGUCACUUUCGGGCUGUCCCGUUGCAGGACAUGCUGUGAAAAAACCCAAAUUCGAAGAUAUGUCGGCCAUGUACAGCAAAGGGAUCACCGGGAUGGAUGCCGGUGGUCCGGGUCAGGGUGGUGCGGUGGGUGCUGGUCAGGUGAGCACCAGCGGUAGUGGAACUGUAGGUGCUCACGGUGAGGAUCUCUACACACUGGAGGCUGAAAUCACAGAACUCCAGAGAGAGAAUGCCCGAGUCGAGUCACAGGUUUUGCGCCUGCGCUCUGACAUUACCGCUAUGGAGAAUCAACUGAAGCAGGGUGACAAGGAGUCCACAACGAUAUCACAGCGCAAUAAUAAUCUAAACAACUACUAUCAUUCGCUGAGAGAGAACAUGAUUACGCUUUUGGAACAUGUUCGAAUUCCUAAUGCUCCGAGUGGACCCCAGGAAAAGAUGGGACAUGAAAACUUCGACAAUUACAUUACGAAAUUGCAGACCUUGUGCACCACGGAUGGUUACUGCGCCGAUGAAACUCAAAGGCCUAUCUAUGAAACUGUCAAGACUGCGCUUCAAGACUUUACGGUCCUCCCGACGCCAAUCUGAGACCACAUUUAGAGCUUAUCAAAUUACUAAUUGAACAAUGACCCGUUCUGGAUCAAAACUGUGGAAAUUAAAUUUAAGAGUUUAUACUCAAUUUAAUAAUUAGGAGUAGCAGGAAUCUAUGUUUCAGCAGCCUAUGUACCAGCUGCAGUUCAAAAAGGAUGUUUCAAUUUCAUAUUACAGAAAAAGCGUCAGAUUGGGUAAAAAUUAAAAAAGGAACCUAAUCCAAAUUUAGUUUGAGUCUGAUGACAAAUUUUCAUUAUGGCCAUAUAUUUAUUCUUCCCAUCCUUAUUGGAAAAGUCGCCACGAAAGACAUGAUUUAAAUCUUUCUAUUUUAAUUUAUUUGCUAUCGCCAAUGUUCAUGAACAGUGAACAUAUAGUCAAAAUCUGGAGAAGGCCCAAGAAAUAUUAGUGAACGUUUAAAAAAUGUAUUGAAUGUGAAGCAAUUUGGCCAUUUAUUUAAAGACACAAUUGAUAUUUUGAGUAUGUGAAAGUAACAAGAUGUAAAGAGUUAAAAACAUUUCAGUGCACGUCAAGAAAGAGUUCUCUCUCUCUCUCUCUUCUCCAGUUUGAAUUUGGCUUCAAUCUCAAAUAACAAAUUGGAAUUGAAUCAUCCAUUUAAGAACGGAAAUCAAAUUCCGAAACUCUUUUCCUAAAAGAAGAACAUCACAUAGUAAAGGCGAGUGUUUAAAAUCCAAAACGUGGUCUAUUGGACAAGUAAAUAUAAUUCAAUUGAUAAUAGUGAUCGACAUCUUCGAUUUUUUCUUGUAAAUAAUUGAUAUAGUGCCACAUAAGUACCGGCUACAUGAACUAUUGUACAUACAUUAGGAGAGAUAAGUCAUUUAUAUUAUUCAAAAUGGUUAUACGGUUAUGCAAUAAGUCAUGUAAAAAAAGAUUUACUUUAGCUGUAUAUCAGUCCUUGCUGCUUUUCCAUUAUUGUGUAAUUAGUACUAUUGUGGUUGCUCUUAAAGCCAUGCUUAUCUUAUCUCAUCUACUAUAGCAUCUGCUUUUACUACUUAUCGCUAUCGUAUCUCUUACUAUCGAUGCAACCCCUAUUGUCUUCAGGGCUACUACUGUUUCCAGUUACUAUUAUUACUUUCAUUAUUAUUAUUAUUAUUAUUAUUAUUAUUAUUAUUAUUAUUAUUAUUAUACUAUCGUUGGCGUUGGGUAUCAAAAAUUAUUGCAAAGAAUUGAAACAUUUUCUACUGCGUAAUAGUUGCGAUAAAAAAAUUAGCAUAUGUCAAUAAAGCAAAGAAUCGAGCUGGAAAUCAAUUAAGGAGUAAAUCGAUUCGAUUUAUAUGCAGUCAAUUAGUCAAUGUUCCAAUGAAACUUAAACUUGCAAUUUUCUGUAUUAAAUUAUUUAUAAUUUUAUCUGGUUUUGUUUGUGCCUUAGAUUCCGAUUAUCUAUAAAUUUAUUUUAUCAAGGAAAUGAUUGCAGGCACGGAGUGACUUUAUGAGUAAUAUUUUAUAGUCAGACUCAUUUAUUUAUUAUUGAUAUUAAUUACGAAGUAGCGAUGAUAGAUUUCUCGGAAGGCUCACUCUUAAUCUGGUGAUAUGUAUAGUUAUUGUAAACCCUCGUAUUUUACUCUUUUUAUUGUUACAUUAAUUUUGUAUAUACUUUUCUACGUGAACUUUAAGUAACAACAAGGUCGUCAUUUGUUGAACUAUUCCUCGCAAUUUUUAUUAUCUUAAUUAUAUUGUGUUAUCCUGUCACAGCAGGUUUGCAAAAAUUUAUUUACGUGACGCACGCGUAUGUGUUGAUUGAAGGACACCAGUGCUUCGAGGGUAAAGACACAAAUUUAUAUAAAUAUUUAGUGAAGGUUUCUCUUUAAUUAAUUCCUUAAAAUAUUUAAUAAUACAACCAACGAUUACUUUAAGAUCAUAGCAUGGAAAUAUGUAGGCUCUUCUUCUUUUCCGACACCUGCAUAUCAAUUUUAUAAGAUAAAUAAUGUGCUUUCCAUCGAAGUUCUUCUGUCUGGAAUCAAAAUUUCUUUUUGGCAUGGCACUCUGAAAAAUAUUGUAAAUAUUCCGAUAUAUUCGAUAAUGUGUACGCCUGUCUAAAGACCCUAAAAUUUAAAAGUUAUACGCUCUUAAAGAUUACAGUGUUGCAACUAGUCUCUAAAGGAGGAAUGGAUAAAUGUUAAGUAUACUAAAAGUGGGAAUGUGAUGACUGAUUAAACACCCGCACGAACAUAGAGAUCCGAUUAUUGUUCAAUUUUUAUUUCUCGUGUUCGUGUACAUUCUAGAACGUAUUUAAGUUUCUCACCUUAAGUUCCGUUUUCUUUAUAUUUUGCUGUUUGUUCAUAUUUUUUUUUUUUUUUUUUUUUCGACAAACUAUUAUUUUGAUUUGAGUUGAGUUUGGAUCAAUAAGUCUUUUGUUUGUCGAUGUUGUUUCGUUAUAGAGAAAAGCGCGAUUAAUCGGGACGCAAGUGCAACGAGAAGUAAUGAAGCACAUUUCUUCGUGUAUUAAAAACUGAUUUUUACAACAGAUGUUAGAACGUGAUACUGUAAAUAAAAGUAGGAGAAUGAGAAUUAAUUAUUUACCUGAAUGAAAUGCGUUAUCGUGAAAUACAUUUUAACCAGCACCGUGUAGUGAGAGAAAUAAUAAACUAGAAAUAGCUAUAGUCGAACAAUUACGAUUAAUCUUGAAAUCAGUGCAAUUCUUAUUAUUACGGUGAUUGAUAUGACUGGCUUAUGAUUAGUUUUGAGUGAAUAUAGAAUUAUUUGUUUUUAUUUUAUUAUUAAUAUAGCUGUCGUCGUUGGUCCUUUCUUCUUGCAUCCAUCCAAGCUUUUAUAUUUUUUCUCGUAUUUAUUAGUAAUACUUACGUCGUUACGUUCUUGUCAUUAAUAUUAUUAUUAUUGUUGUCUUUGAUAAAAGUUCUACGAAUUAUAAGUUCAGUAAUAUGCUUUAAGCGAGCAUAAAUGUUACUCCGAUUGAAUAAAGGGUAUUUAUCGAAACUCGUCA